GUAACACACCAACAAGACAACCCAAAUUCACAGUUUCUCAUCCUCAUAGCACCAACCCCCAAUAUUUUGCCAAUCAAUGGACCAACCAUGAUGGAGCCGUAUGGCCAGUAUCACAAGACUUUUUGAUAAAUUACAUAACUUUGCUUCACAAGACUAUCACACCCUCUACUAUCAUGACUUACCUCUCGGCCCUUAAAUAUCAUCACUCAAGAAACCACUAUGACUGGAGCCCUAUUCGUUCUGACUCUCUAGUAUUGCAACUUCUGAAAACCAUCGAAGCUAUAUACACUCACAAGUCUAUUAAUCAAAAAUCUCAUAUUACCCAUCAACACCUGCUACAAAUUCAACAACAACUGAAUGCAAACAACAAUGUUCCAACCAUGGCCGUACUAAAGUUCGAGUUAUCUGAAAGCAAUAUCUUCACAAUGAUCCAACUAUCACGAACCAAAAACACAAGUCCACCAAUUGAUUGUACGCCAACAACAGCAACCUACUGUUUGCCAAAGGUGACAGUACAUAGGCCACCAAAUGCUG